UAUUCUUUAAGAUAAUAAAUAGAUUUCAUAUACUCAUUUAGUGUUAUGAAUUUACGUUGCCCAUUGGCMAUUGUAUAAAACAUCAAUUGUCUUAAAUUAUUUUUAUGCGAUYAUAAUAUAGAUAAAGGUUUUAACUAUUCAUUUUAUAGUUAUUUUGUUGAAACUGAUUAGUACCUAUAUAUUUUAACUGUUGCAUUAAAUAUGAGUGGUCCUAAAGUAAAUAUGAGUAUUCAAGCAGCUAAAAAAGUGAGUGGCUUAACAGAUCCAACUAAACCAUUUUCUUCAUUUAUGAAAUAUAAUAAAAAUGAUCUUGACAUGACAAUGCAAUUUAUGAAAGCACCUGCCAUGACUACUUUUCUCAAAGCUAAGAUAUUUUCUAUGCUUAAAGACAACAUGAUGGAAACAUAUAAAAAGUGUYCUUGGGGAUGGAGUGGAAAAGAUAAACGUGCUGAGUUAUUUCAUAAAGAUUCUAGAUAUAUUUUAGUUCGACAUUCAAGUGAUAACUCUCUAGCAGCUUUUGUGCAUUUUCGAUUUGACAUUGAAAAUUUGAUUGAAGUUUUGUAUUUGUAUGAAAUUCAAAUCGACAAAAAUGUGCGUGGUAAAGGUCUUGGAAAAUACCUAAUGACCCUCAUGGAAACUAUAGCAUUUCACUACAAGAUGAAACGUAUUGUUUUAACAGUGCUUAAAAGUGAAGAGGAUGUAGUAAAAUUCUAUUUUUCACUUCAAUAUGAAAUUGAAUCAUAUUCUCCAGAAGAUGCAUUUUACUAUAUACUUAGUAAGAAAAAAAAAACUUUAGAACUUAAAAAGAACUAAUACGUUUGGUAAAGGUUUGUUCUAAAUCUAWAAUAAUAAUUAAAAAAACUUUUUAUAUUACAUUAAAUU